CAAACCCACAUGUUUUGUUGUUUCUUUCGGUCGUGUACUUCGGCUCUGCACGUUGAAUUACGUUUGAACAGGUUUGAACUAAGAUUUUUCAUCGAUUUUCCAGGAAAAUGUCAUCAUUUUUCCUCAAAGGAAAACCCCGAACCAGCACCAAGCGCAAGUUCGAAAAAUCAAAGCCAAACAAAAAGGAUAACCCACCGGCUAAGAAAGGAAAGGAUGAAUCCGAGGAGGAAAUCGAUAGCGAUGAAGAAGAGGAGCAAACUUUGGCCUCCAGUGGUAAAAAGUUUAACUUUGAGGAUGAAGAUGAGGGAUUUAGAGAAACAGCCCAGGACAAGCGGUUGCGUUUGGCCAAAAAGUAUCUGAAGGAAGUGGAAGAAACGGAACGAGAACGGAAGAACGAUGAAGAGAUCCACGACAGCGUAAGCACAGUGCUGAAGGAGGACUACCUGGAAAGCAUAGGUCGGCUGUAUAGGGAAGUGUCCACACAAUAUAAGGGUUUCGAUUUGGAAAAGUCUGUUAGCUUACGGUUCAAACAGCAGCACUUGUCACCGACGUGUUUGUGUCUUACGGAGGACGAUCGUUUUCUGUACGUGGCCAACAAGAACGGCAUUAUCGUGCGGUGGGAUUUGACCAAAAAGGAACGGCUGGCUGUAACGAAGCCGCAGAAAACGGCCAUUCAGAGUUUGGCCAUUUCACAUGAUUUGAAGUUUUUGGUGGUGGCGGAUGGGACGAACGAAAUCAAAGUGCUGGAUGGGACCACAUUGGAGUCCGUUAACAGUUUGAGUGGGCAUUCGGAUGUCGUGACGGGUGUGGUGUUUCGUAAGAACACUCACCAGCUGUAUUCUUGCGCCAAGGAUCGAACGGUGAAGGUUUGGUCCCUGGAUGAGAUGCUGUAUGUGGAAACAUUAUAUGGCCAUCAAACCCCUGUUACGAGUAUCGAUGCCCUAUCCCGGGAAAGGGCUAUCACCUCGGGUGGUAGCGACUGUUCCAUCCGCAUCUGGAAGAUCGUAGAGGAGUCACAGUUGGUGUACAAUUGUCCGCCCAGCGUUGAUAGCAUCGAGUGCGUCAAACUGAUCGGAGACGAGCAUUUUUUGUCCUGUGGAACCGACGGGUCGCUGUCGGUUUGGAGCUCGGGCAAGAAGAAGCCCAUGCACACGGUACCGCUUGCGCACGGUAAAACGACAAACGGGGAAGCCAAUUGGAUCACUGCCAUUGCGUCGCUUUUGAACACCGACGUAAUCGCUUCCGGGUCGUGUGACGGAUUUGUGCGGGUUUGGAGGUUGGUUGGGGCGGGCAAAACGAUCGAACCGUUGAUGGAAAUUCCGGUGGAAGGGUUCGUCAACGCGCUGACGUUCAGCAACGAUGGUAAGCAGUUGAUCGUUUGUGUGGGCCAAGAGCAUCGGCUUGGUAGGUGGUGGACGCUGAAGCAGGCAAAGAAUCGAACCGUGGUAAUUCCGCUGAUUGUGGCGGAAGACGAAUCAAAAGGUAAGCGGAAGAAAAAGUUUGAUUAUUAAUGUGAGAAUAAAUCGUUCCGCGAUA